CCUGUCCCUUGCAGGGCAGCACCUUGUGUGAGGCGUGUGGCCGAGGGUUCAGCAGGAAGGAGGCGCUCCAGCGGCACGAGGCGAGAGUCCACGGAAAGGUCCACGGCAGCCACCAGUGUGGCCGCACCUUUCCCCACACCUCCCUGCUGGCCGAGCACCUCAGGCCACACCAGGGAUGCACUUGUCCGGAAUGUUCCAAGGUGUUCAGAUCCAACCUCAUGCUGCACCGCCGGGCCCACCACAUGCGCCUACCACUGCACCGCCUGCAACAAACACUGGAAGUUCCACGCCAGCUACACCUACCACAUGAAGAAGCGGUGUGGCGGGUGCCGGCCGGUGGUGUGCUCUGCGUCAGCACUCCCUGACCUGCCGCGUCCACCACACUCAGAGUUGUCACUUUUGCAGCACAGGGCAGGAGGCACCUUUGGAAGACAUGCAGGGGGUGGCAGGGAGGUCAUGAAGCCACUCCCUGACAGUGCACCAGGUUGUGGCUCCCUGCUUAGCCCUGCCCACCUCAGCAAGCAAGGAACUGACAGCCUUGUCCUGCUGUCAGAGAUGAGGAAGAUUCAAGUUUACCCACCUCCAAACACCUCCCACCAGGCGCCUCCUGCGGGGGAGAUCAUUGUGGAGGUGUUGGAGGACACGGAUGCAGAGUACCAGUACAUCAUCUUGGUGGAGGACGCUGCCGUGGCCCACUUCACCAUGACGGACACUGCUGCCAUAUGGAACACCUCAGGCCACCAGUGGCUGCCCCAGGACAGGUAUAAAAACACGGGGCAGCGUUUCCCGGGCAGACUCGAGGCUCACCCGCUGUGUUUUACAGAGGCAGACAGUGACAUGGAACGGGUAUAAGAUGGCGAAAGGCAGUAAUGUAUGGGAGAUGAUGAUCCAGGCCGAGAUGCCGCAGAAGUUGAGUUGUGUCGGGUGGGCGGGCAUCAACGAUGGACGUCUGGAAGGAGCUGACCGUCCACAUGGCAAGACUUCACACCAGGAAGAAGGCCAUCCAGGAUGAAGGUGGUCUGCAGGGUGGUCUGACGGCACAGCAGCACCAUCAACUAUCAACCCUGAGGAGAGAUGCGUCAUUAGCUGGCAGGGCUCACGGCACGGACAGUGGACAGCCAGUGGGCAUGGCAAUCAAUUUUGAAGUGUUUCCUACAACUUGUAGCUGUGUCACCGAUGAGCCCAACACCCUGAAAACGUUUCUUGCUUUAAAAGAUGUAAAUGGUAAUGUCUCAAACAAUAUGGAGGAUGCAGUUAUUUGGGAUGGAGAAAAACUACAUGGAGCCAUACAGUUAUCAUGAAGAGGUCACUAGUGAAGAGAAUGAAGUGCUAAGCUUGGAAGUUCUCAGUGCAACAGCAGAUGAAUUAAAUAAAGCUGUGCAAGGAAUGAGUGAAGGAAAAGCAGGAAGAGGAGAUGGCCUUGUUAAAGAUGCUAGUGAUUUCAUACCUAUUAAAUUUAGUAGAAGUUCUGCAUUGUAAGUAACACAUCAAACCAAUCACAUCAAUACACUUUACCAUUUGGUGCUGUAAAAUUAAAUAAACCUUAAAGACAGUA